AUGUCCCAGUUGUCUUUAAAAAUCACUUUUUUCGGCGUUUUUUGACGGUGACGACACCAUCAUCGGCACGUGUCCCGCUUUCGCCCCCGAAACGUCUGGUCACCUUAGGGUUGCGCUGGUGGUAUACAGAAUAAUUAAACAAUAAAGCGGGGAUAAAACGUUCAGAUCCAGUUUUGAAUUGUUACAGCUAUGUAUAUUUUAAGUUUAUACCUGUUUAAUUAUUUAUGUACUUUGUUUUCAGAUGUUGUGCAGAUGCCGUUUGGGCCUACUUUAAAGUUGGCGAAUAUGCUACAAAAAUAGUAUUAUUCCUCUUUCGUCAUUAUAAUUAGAAGUAUUAAUUGAAAGAAAUAUUUCCGCCACAUAAAUAAUUACGUUUGUGGUUUCUCUCAGUUGGACACAUGCAGUGACUGGUGGGUAACCUUUUUUUAGUUGUCUUAAAUAGGGAAUUAUUCUCAAUGAUCGUAAGCCCAUCAAAACACACAUCACACACAUCAUCUGUUUGCCGUUGUGCCGAUGACGUGACGAGGGAGACGAGGGAGUGUACGAAACUAAAAGUAGAGCUAGCACUCCUUACAGUAACAUGGCGACGCGAGAAGUCGUCUGCAACAGACCUGCUUCAAAUAAAUCAGAUUCGCCAUCACCUGCACCUUCGCAGAAUUGCAGUGGCAGGAACUCAGGACAGCUUUCCAGCAAUAAUAUUCAGGCACACCUGACAAUGUCUGCAAGCAGAGGACCUCGUCUCGAUCAAGCAGCAUGCAUUGGCGAAGAGGUUAAAAUUGGGGUCCAUCUUGCAAUCGAACGCUUUCGCUUAGAUGAGAAAAGAAAAGAGCUGGAGUUUCCCUCCUCAUUCACAGCCACAGAGCGUGCAUAUAUACACCGUCUAUGCCAGAGCUUGGGCCUGAAGUCCAAGAGCAGAGGGAAAGGUGCUAACAGAUUUCUGACCAUCUACAAAAAGGAUGGUGUGACGUUAGGCAGUUGGACAGCAAGUUUUCAGCUAGCACGAAACUCACGGCACCAAAUCAUGUCACUGCUGCAGCGUCUACCUUUGACAUCAAGGGAACGAGCUGACCUUCAGCCACGUACACACAAGAUGUCAGUCAGUGAAGUCACACGGGAAUUCAACAAGACAACAACAGGCAGACUAAAUAAUGGUGUGCCUCAAGUACCUCCUCGUCGUGGAGAAUCAGAUUUAAAUAGUUUCCGCCAGACAUUACCUGUAUUUCGCAUGCGGGAGGAGAUUCUGGCAGCAAUCAACAAUAAUCAAGUUGUUUUGGUGUCUGGUGAAACAGGGUCUGGAAAAACUACACAGGUGACGCAGAUAAUUCUAGAUGAUUGCAGUGCACGUAGCCAGCAGUGUCGUAUCUUGUGCACACAGCCACGUCGCAUUGCAGCUCUGUCCAUUGCAGACAGAGUGGCGGCAGAGCGAGGGGAGAGAAUUGGCCAGACAGUUGGCUAUCAAAAACGAGUGUCCCCAAAAACGUUGCUGACCUUUUGUACCAAUGGUGUAUUACUGCGCACCUUGAUGGGCAGAGAUGCUCCUCUUAACACUGUCACUCAUGUCAUUGUAGAUGAAGUUCAUGAACGUGACCGGUUCAGUGAUUUCCUGCUGGCAUGUUUGAAAGAGGCCUUACCACGACAUCCACGCCUAAAAAUCAUCCUUAUGAGUGCUGCUCUCAAUAUUCAGCUGUUUACAGCUUACUUCAGUGGUUGCCCUGUUGUGUCGGUACCUGGAAGCCUGUUUCAUGUGGAGGAAUUCUUUCUGGAAGACGUGCUGCACUGGACAAACUACAGCAACAAAAUCAUGGACAAGCUGAAAAAAGAACAGAGAAAUGUGUCACAACAGCAGGAGCAAUUAAAUGAGUGGUGUGCAAGUCAGUUGAACUGCACUGACAUGGUGACAUCACAGAUGCAGGAUGGCUGUGUCAGCAGUAGAACUACAGACUUUAGCAGCAUGGAGGGUCAUGAGGAACAGGAGGACCUAGAACCAGCUGUACGUGACAAGAUGGAUGAGUUACUUUCCUCUGCCUGGCUAUCUGGUAGCGAUGAAGCCUUCCACCAGAUCUUCCAUUUAAUUCUCUGUGAAAAUGUGUCUGUGGACUAUGCUCAUUCAUCUACCACAGCCACAGCUCUGAUGGUGGCAUCGGGUCGUGGCUUUGUAACUGUGGUGGAACAAUUGCUGAGCCUGGGAGCCAACAUGUCCAUGCAUGCCUCAAAUGGAUGGACUGCCUUGGACUGGGCUCAGCGUUUUCAGCAACAGCAAGUUGUGGAGCUACUGCGGGCUCAUAUUGCUGUCCAGGAGACAGGGAGUGAUGCAGCCAAUGGAGAAACAUCAGAUGAUCUGCAGCUAGUGUCUCCAGAAGAUCGAGAACUGCUUACCUUGUAUCAGCACAGUUUUGAUGAUGACAAAGUGGAUGUUAGCUUGGUUGUUGCUCUUGUUCAAAGAAUACACACAGCGCAGCCAGAUGGUGCUAUUCUUGUCUUCCUGCCAGGAUAUGAUGACAUUGUUGCAGUGGGAAAUGCCAUUAAUGAGUCAUCCAGUUUUGAGAGGUGCAAAGUAUUGGUGUUACAUUCAGCAAUGCAGUCAUCUGAACAGAAGAAGGUUUUCAACAACUUUCCUCGCCUGAGAAAAAUUAUUCUGUCUACAAAUCUAGCAGAAACAAGCAUCACGGUCAAUGAUGUGGUCUAUGUGGUUGAUACUGGGAAAGUGAAAGAGAAAACCUAUGAUGGUCUGACAUCAACAUCCAGCCUAAGAAGCAACUGGAUCUCUAAAGCCAGUGCCCUCCAACGAAAGGGCAGGGCAGGAAGAUGCCGGGCAGGUAAAUGCUAUCACCUGUUCAGCCGUGCAAGGUAUGCCCAUCUCAUGGAAUACCAGCAGCCAGAGAUUCUGCGACUGCCAUUACAUGAGCUGUGCCUACACACCAAGCUACUAUCACCAGCCACUGUCAGCGUUGCAGAGUUUCUGGGUCGCUGUCCUCAGGCUCCACCAUUCCUUAUCAUUCGCAAUGCAGUUACAAUGCUGAAGCAAAUGGAUGCAUUAGAUGAAUGGGAGGAACUGACAGAGUUAGGUCACCACCUAACUGAUUUACCAGUGGAACCACGGCUAGGGAAGAUGGUUUUACACGCAGUUGUGCUAAAGUGUCUUGACCCCAUCUUGACUAUUGUCUGCAUACUGGCUCAUAAAGACCCCUUCAUGCUUCCCAGUGCCUCUCACAAAAGAGCAGCCAGCAUGGCACGGCACAAGUUUGCCGCAGGGACCUUCAGCGACCACAUGGCCUUGCUUAGGGCAUUCCAGAUGUGGCAGAAAGCCAGAACAGAAGGUUGGGAACGAUCUUUUUGUGAGAAGAACUUCCUGUCUGCAGCCUGCAUGGAGAUGGUGGUUGGCAUGAGGGCACAGUUACUGGGACAGCUACGAGCCAGUGGGUUUGUGCGUGCACGAGGGGGAGGAGAUAUUAGAGAUCUCAACACUAACUCUGAGAACUGGGCUGUGGUCAAGGCAGCACUGUGUGCUGGCAUGUACCCUAAUCUACUCUAUGUUGACCGCAAGAAAAAUUCCUUGAUCACACAACACGAGUCCAAUGUACGUUUUCAUCAGAGCUCAGUACUGAGCGUGAUGCCCUCUGCCGCCAGUAUUAGCAGCUCCUGUCACAAGCAGGCUCUCCACAGCCUUCCUUGUGACUGGCUGAUCUAUGAGGAAAUCACACGUACAGAGCGCCUGGCACUGGUUAAGUGCUGCACUCUCCUCUCACCCAUUACAGUGGUCAUUUUUGCUGGCCCCUCCAAACUUCCACCUGAUGCUAUGAAGGAAGGAGAGAACAUUCAAGAUGGGGAUGAAUUGGUUGAUGGCCGAGGUGAGGAGAGUGAUAGUGAAGAUGAAGACAAGACUGGACAACGAAAGUCUCAGUUGCAACUAGACAGCUGGCUGACCUUCAGUGUGGAUGCUGAGGUAGGCAGCAUAUAUGGGAUUCAGCUACGUCAGAAGUGGCAUGCUCUCUUCCUUCGUAGGAUGCGGGCUCCAUCCAAACCAUCCUCACAAAGUGAUGAGGAGGUAGUGCGAGCAGUCGUCAAUGUCCUGACCAAUGAGGAGCAAACUGUAGGGCUGCAGCAACCAGCUGGUAUUGGACAAAGACCACGACCCAUGUCAGCAGAAUCAAUCAUGUCAGGGGCCAGCAGUGCUUAUACAGAUUACACAGAGGAUAACACAGAGAGGACUUCAUCUCGCUAUGGUCCUCGUCGUAUCCCAGCAACACCACCUCGGCGACCUUUUCAGAUAUGCAGAAACACUCUACUAGAUGAUGCUGAUGACAUCACUCCACAAAGUCCUUCUUCCACACCUUGUCCAUCCCCAUCCCCGCAGUCUGCAUCGCCAGCACGCAGUGGUGGUGGUAGCAGCAGCAGUGGCAGCAUUGACAGCAGUAUUGACCCUGGUGUUGUCAGCAGUGCCCCCUGUCGCUACUUUGUCAUGAAAUGCAAUAAUCAACGCAAUUUAGAUAUUUCUCAGAGCAAGGGAAUCUGGGCUACGUCCCCUGCAAACCAAGCCAAAAUGAAUCGUGCAUUUCGGGAUGGGAAGACUGUAUACCUUAUCUUCUCCAUUCAAGGCAGUGGCCACUUCCAGGGGUAUGCCAAAAUGUUGACAGAAAUUGGACGUCACAAGUCUCCAGACUUUGCUUCCCCAGGUCUUACUGGUACAUUUGCUGUUGAAUGGAUCAAGAGAGCCAAUAUUCCCUUUAUGUCAACACAUCACCUGUACAACACCUGGAAUGAGAACCGUAAAGUCCAGGUCAGCAGGGAUGGGCAGGAACUAGAACCAGGUGUGGGAGAAGCACUUGUCAAGCUGUGGGAGCGCUACCCUACCGUAACACCCAAAAAUGCAUCUCCAUCAGCUGUUGUGACAAAGACAGUUGUGAAAAAAUCUCAUUCCUCAGCUAGACCCUCAGCAGCAACAUCAAGAGUUGGAAAUAUCAGGUGACAGACAGCAAAGCAAGAGCUUGUCCAUAGAGUUUGGCCAAAAGAUGGCGCUUGAUGACAAGGGGGAGGGCAAGGACAAGGACUCAGCACAUUCCUCUGAUGGUCAGUCUCUUACAGCAACAUUUACCACUAACAGUUCUGUUGUGCCUGAUCUUGGUGAUGCUGGAAAUCGAGAAGGCGGACUUGGUCAUGGUUGGCUUGCCAAUGAAAACUCAUCCUUUGCACAAAACAAACAGUUUGGGCAGCAGUACUCCAGGAGUAGGGUUGGUAGUAACUCUAAUGCAGGCAGCUUUUCUACACCUACAUGUAGCUCAUCCAUGGUGGGCCCAGCUGGUGGUUUUGGGAUGUAUUCUACUGCUCAAGGACAGGGUGCAGGACUUCAUCACCAGGUGGCACCAGGCUUCAAUCCCAUGUACACUGUUGGACCUAUGGGUGCUGCCAGCAGCCUGGUAUCUUCCACAUCGCCUCAUGCCACACAUUCUUCUGUCAUGAUCCUACAGCGGGGCUCUUCUACCCCCCUCAGCCUCAGCCUCAUGCAGGAAUGUUGGCACAGGCCUUUGGUGGUCAGGCUGGACAUUCAGGUCAUGACCAGGUGGGUCACAUGAACUGAUGUUGCACUUAAGUGAUGAUGAGAAGAAGUUGGAGAGGUCAUGUUUGAUAUGUACUGUAUUUGUGACUGAAUGACAGUUUAAGAAAGUUGUGUUACAUAAAUGUUAUGGCUGCUCCGGCAUGUCACAUGCAGGCUCACGAAGACGUUUUUUAGACUUGAAUAGUCAGAGAUCAUGUAAAACUUUGCCUCAGUCCCAGUUGACGUCAGAAAGGUAAAGGCAUAGAGGAUGUAGCUAUCUCCAUUUUGUUUGUGCUACAUGAAUAACAUACUGUAACAUCUCCAAGUUACUGAGAAGAAGAUAGUGGCAGCAGGUUCAGAUGUUAUCAAGUCGUUGUUACCCUUAAAGUAAGUUAAGUAUGUUAUUGGUGUCUAAUGCCAGUUUGUUGUUUGUAAUUAAGCUUGUUAACUGUUGUAGUAUUUGUUAUGUACACAUCUCAUAUGCAUGCACAAGUUUAGUGCUGCAUUGACAUGAACUUGUUCCAUUUUUGAGUUAAUGCAAUAAAGCUGUAUGGAAACUUUAA